AUGUGGUGGGGGAAAAGGGAGUGGAAGGGCACACUCGAGAACGGCGAUGCACGCUUCACGGUAACUUUUGAGUCGACUCGAAACGAGGUGACUUUUGAGUCGACUCGAAACGAGGUGACUUUUGAGUCGACUCGAAACGAGGUGACUUUUGAGUCGACUCGAAACGAGGUGACUUUUGAGUCGACUCGAAACGAGGUGACUUUUGAGUCGACUCGAAACGAGGUGACUUUUGAGUCGACUCGAAACGAGGUGACUUUUGAGUCGACUCGAAACGAGGUGACUUUUGAGUCGACUCGAAACGAGGUGACUUUUGAGUCGACUCGAAACGAGGUGACUUUUGAGUCGACUCGAAACGAGGUGACUUUUGAGUCGACUCGAAACGAGGUGACUUUUGAGUCGACUCGAAACGAGGUGACUUUUGAGUCGACUCGAAACGAGGUGACUUUUGAGUCGACUCGAAACGAGGUGACUUUUGAGUCGACUCGAAACGAGGUGACUUUUGAGUCGACUCGAAACGAGGUGACUUUUGAGUCGACUCGAAACGAGGUGACUUUUGAGUCGACUCGAAACGAGGUGACUUUUGAGUCGACUCGAAACGAGGUGACUUUUGAGUCGACUCGAAACGAGGUGACUUUUGAGUCGACUCGAAACGAGGUGACUUUUGAGUCGACUCGAAACGAGGUGACUUUUGAGUCGACUCGAAACGAGGUGACUUUUGAGUCGACUCGAAACGAGGUGACUUUUGAGUCGACUCGAAACGAGGUGACUUUUGAGUCGACUCGAAACGAGGUGACUUUUGAGUCGACUCGAAACGAGGUGACUUUUGAGUCGACUCGAAACGAGGUGACUUUUGAGUCGACUCGAAACGAGGUGACUUUUGAGUCGACUCGAAACGAGGUGACUUUUGAGUCGACUCGAAACGAGGUGACUUUUGAGUCGACUCGAAACGAGGUGACUUUUGAGUCGACUCGAAACGAGGUGACUUUUGAGUCGACUCGAAACGAGGUGACUUUUGAGUCGACUCGAAACGAGGUGACUUUUGAGUCGACUCGAAACGAGGUGACUUUUGAGUCGACUCGAAACGAGGUGACUUUUGAGUCGACUCGAAACGAGGUGACUUUUGAGUCGACUCGAAACGAGGUGACUUUUGAGUCGACUCGAAACGAGGUGACUUUUGAGUCGACUCGAAACGAGGUGACUUUUGAGUCGACUCGAAACGAGGUGACUUUUGAGUCGACUCGAAACGAGGUGACUUUUGAGUCGACUCGAAACGAGGUGACUUUUGAGUCGACUCGAAACGAGGUGACUUUUGAGUCGACUCGAAACGAGGUGACUUUUGAGUCGACUCGAAACGAGGUGACUUUUGAGUCGACUCGAAACGAGGUGACUUUUGAGUCGACUCGAAACGAGGUGACUUUUGAGUCGACUCGAAACGAGGUGACUUUUGAGUCGACUCGAAACGAGGUGACUUUUGAGUCGACUCGAAACGAGGUGACUUUUGAGUCGACUCGAAACGAGGUGACUUUUGAGUCGACUCGAAACGAGGUGACUUUUGAGUCGACUCGAAACGAGGUGACUUUUGAGUCGACUCGAAACGAGGUGACUUUUGAGUCGACUCGAAACGAGGUGACUUUUGAGUCGACUCGAAACGAGGUGACUUUUGAGUCGACUCGAAACGAGGUGACUUUUGAGUCGACUCGAAACGAGGUGACUUUUGAGUCGACUCGAAACGAGGUGACUUUUGAGUCGACUCGAAACGAGGUGACUUUUGAGUCGACUCGAAACGAGGUGACUUUUGAGUCGACUCGAAACGAGGUGACUUUUGAGUCGACUCGAAACGAGGUGACUUUUGAGUCGACUCGAAACGAGGUGACUUUUGAGUCGACUCGAAACGAGGUGACUUUUGAGUCGACUCGAAACGAGGUGACUUUUGAGUCGACUCGAAACGAGGUGACUUUUGAGUCGACUCGAAACGAGGUGACUUUUGAGUCGACUCGAAACGAGGUGACUUUUGAGUCGACUCGAAACGAGGUGACUUUUGAGUCGACUCGAAACGAGGUGACUUUUGAGUCGACUCGAAACGAGGUGACUUUUGAGUCGACUCGAAACGAGGUGACUUUUGAGUCGACUCGAAACGAGGUGACUUUUGAGUCGACUCGAAACGAGGUGACUUUUGAGUCGACUCGAAACGAGGUGACUUUUGAGUCGACUCGAAACGAGGUGACUUUUGAGUCGACUCGAAACGAGGUGACUUUUGAGUCGACUCGAAACGAGGUGACUUUUGAGUCGACUCGAAACGAGGUGACUUUUGAGUCGACUCGAAACGAGGUGACUUUUGAGUCGACUCGAAACGAGGUGACUUUUGAGUCGACUCGAAACGAGGUGACUUUUGAGUCGACUCGAAACGAGGUGACUUUUGAGUCGACUCGAAACGAGGUGACUUUUGAGUCGACUCGAAACGAGGUGACUUUUGAGUCGACUCGAAACGAGGUGACUUUUGAGUCGACUCGAAACGAGGUGACUUUUGAGUCGACUCGAAACGAGGUGACUUUUGAGUCGACUCGAAACGAGGUGACUUUUGAGUCGACUCGAAACGAGGUGACUUUUGAGUCGACUCGAAACGAGGUGACUUUUGAGUCGACUCGAAACGAGGUGACUUUUGAGUCGACUCGAAACGAGGUGACUUUUGAGUCGACUCGAAACGAGGUGACUUUUGAGUCGACUCGAAACGAGGUGACUUUUGAGUCGACUCGAAACGAGGUGACUUUUGAGUCGACUCGAAACGAGGUGACUUUUGAGUCGACUCGAAACGAGGUGACUUUUGAGUCGACUCGAAACGAGGUGACUUUUGAGUCGACUCGAAACGAGGUGACUUUUGAGUCGACUCGAAACGAGGUGACUUUUGAGUCGACUCGAAACGAGGUGACUUUUGAGUCGACUCGAAACGAGGUGACUUUUGAGUCGACUCGAAACGAGGUGACUUUUGAGUCGACUCGAAACGAGGUGACUUUUGAGUCGACUCGAAACGAGGUGACUUUUGAGUCGACUCGAAACGAGGUGACUUUUGAGUCGACUCGAAACGAGGUGACUUUUGAGUCGACUCGAAACGAGGUGACUUUUGAGUCGACUCGAAACGAGGUGACUUUUGAGUCGACUCGAAACGAGGUGACUUUUGAGUCGACUCGAAACGAGGUGACUUUUGAGUCGACUCGAAACGAGGUGACUUUUGAGUCGACUCGAAACGAGGUGACUUUUGAGUCGACUCGAAACGAGGUGACUUUUGAGUCGACUCGAAACGAGGUGACUUUUGAGUCGACUCGAAACGAGGUGACUUUUGAGUCGACUCGAAACGAGGUGACUUUUGAGUCGACUCGAAACGAGGUGACUUUUGAGUCGACUCGAAACGAGGUGACUUUUGAGUCGACUCGAAACGAGGUGACUUUUGAGUCGACUCGAAACGAGGUGACUUUUGAGUCGACUCGAAACGAGGUGACUUUUGAGUCGACUCGAAACGAGGUGACUUUUGAGUCGACUCGAAACGAGGUGACUUUUGAGUCGACUCGAAACGAGGUGACUUUUGAGUCGACUCGAAACGAGGUGACUUUUGAGUCGACUCGAAACGAGGUGACUUUUGAGUCGACUCGAAACGAGGUGACUUUUGAGUCGACUCGAAACGAGGUGACUUUUGAGUCGACUCGAAACGAGGUGACUUUUGAGUCGACUCGAAACGAGGUGACUUUUGAGUCGACUCGAAACGAGGUGACUUUUGAGUCGACUCGAAACGAGGUGACUUUUGAGUCGACUCGAAACGAGGUGACUUUUGAGUCGACUCGAAACGAGGUGACUUUUGAGUCGACUCGAAACGAGGUGACUUUUGAGUCGACUCGAAACGAGGUGACUUUUGAGUCGACUCGAAACGAGGUGACUUUUGAGUCGACUCGAAACGAGGUGACUUUUGAGUCGACUCGAAACGAGGUGACUUUUGAGUCGACUCGAAACGAGGUGACUUUUGAGUCGACUCGAAACGAGGUGACUUUUGAGUCGACUCGAAACGAGGUGACUUUUGAGUCGACUCGAAACGAGGUGACUUUUGAGUCGACUCGAAACGAGGUGACUUUUGAGUCGACUCGAAACGAGGUGACUUUUGAGUCGACUCGAAACGAGGUGACUUUUGAGUCGACUCGAAACGAGGUGACUUUUGAGUCGACUCGAAACGAGGUGACUUUUGAGUCGACUCGAAACGAGGUGACUUUUGAGUCGACUCGAAACGAGGUGACUUUUGAGUCGACUCGAAACGAGGUGACUUUUGAGUCGACUCGAAACGAGGUGACUUUUGAGUCGACUCGAAACGAGGUGACUUUUGAGUCGACUCGAAACGAGGUGACUUUUGAGUCGACUCGAAACGAGGUGACUUUUGAGUCGACUCGAAACGAGGUGACUUUUGAGUCGACUCGAAACGAGGUGACUUUUGAGUCGACUCGAAACGAGGUGACUUUUGAGUCGACUCGAAACGAGGUGACUUUUGAGUCGACUCGAAACGAGGUGACUUUUGAGUCGACUCGAAACGAGGUGACUUUUGAGUCGACUCGAAACGAGGUGACUUUUGAGUCGACUCGAAACGAGGUGACUUUUGAGUCGACUCGAAACGAGGUGACUUUUGAGUCGACUCGAAACGAGGUGACUUUUGAGUCGACUCGAAACGAGGUGACUUUUGAGUCGACUCGAAACGAGGUGACUUUUGAGUCGACUCGAAACGAGGUGACUUUUGAGUCGACUCGAAACGAGGUGACUUUUGAGUCGACUCGAAACGAGGUGACUUUUGAGUCGACUCGAAACGAGGUGACUUUUGAGUCGACUCGAAACGAGGUGACUUUUGAGUCGACUCGAAACGAGGUGACUUUUGAGUCGACUCGAAACGAGGUGACUUUUGAGUCGACUCGAAACGAGGUGACUUUUGAGUCGACUCGAAACGAGGUGACUUUUGAGUCGACUCGAAACGAGGUGACUUUUGAGUCGACUCGAAACGAGGUGACUUUUGAGUCGACUCGAAACGAGGUGACUUUUGAGUCGACUCGAAACGAGGUGACUUUUGAGUCGACUCGAAACGAGGUGACUUUUGAGUCGACUCGAAACGAGGUGACUUUUGAGUCGACUCGAAACGAGGUGACUUUUGAGUCGACUCGAAACGAGGUGACUUUUGAGUCGACUCGAAACGAGGUGACUUUUGAGUCGACUCGAAACGAGGUGACUUUUGAGUCGACUCGAAACGAGGUGACUUUUGAGUCGACUCGAAACGAGGUGACUUUUGAGUCGACUCGAAACGAGGUGACUUUUGAGUCGACUCGAAACGAGGUGACUUUUGAGUCGACUCGAAACGAGGUGACUUUUGAGUCGACUCGAAACGAGGUGACUUUUGAGUCGACUCGAAACGAGGUGACUUUUGAGUCGACUCGAAACGAGGUGACUUUUGAGUCGACUCGAAACGAGGUGACUUUUGAGUCGACUCGAAACGAGGUGACUUUUGAGUCGACUCGAAACGAGGUGACUUUUGAGUCGACUCGAAACGAGGUGACUUUUGAGUCGACUCGAAACGAGGUGACUUUUGAGUCGACUCGAAACGAGGUGACUUUUGAGUCGACUCGAAACGAGGUGACUUUUGAGUCGACUCGAAACGAGGUGACUUUUGAGUCGACUCGAAACGAGGUGACUUUUGAGUCGACUCGAAACGAGGUGACUUUUGAGUCGACUCGAAACGAGGUGACUUUUGAGUCGACUCGAAACGAGGUGACUUUUGAGUCGACUCGAAACGAGGUGACUUUUGAGUCGACUCGAAACGAGGUGACUUUUGAGUCGACUCGAAACGAGGUGACUUUUGAGUCGACUCGAAACGAGGUGACUUUUGAGUCGACUCGAAACGAGGUGACUUUUGAGUCGACUCGAAACGAGGUGACUUUUGAGUCGACUCGAAACGAGGUGACUUUUGAGUCGACUCGAAACGAGGUGACUUUUGAGUCGACUCGAAACGAGGUGACUUUUGAGUCGACUCGAAACGAGGUGACUUUUGAGUCGACUCGAAACGAGGUGACUUUUGAGUCGACUCGAAACGAGGUGACUUUUGAGUCGACUCGAAACGAGGUGACUUUUGAGUCGACUCGAAACGAGGUGACUUUUGAGUCGACUCGAAACGAGGUGACUUUUGAGUCGACUCGAAACGAGGUGACUUUUGAGUCGACUCGAAACGAGGUGACUUUUGAGUCGACUCGAAACGAGGUGACUUUUGAGUCGACUCGAAACGAGGUGACUUUUGAGUCGACUCGAAAGUCAUCUGGCAGGGCGCACUCGAGAACGGCGAUGCACGCUUCACGGUAA